UAUACUUUUGCCUUACCAAUUCAAUUAACAACACACAAAAAACUACAAAUCUCAAUUUUACAUAUAGAGAAAUGGAUCAAAAUUUAGUAGUGGUAGGAAAGAAGUUUUGGAAAAUAGUUCGAGUGGCAUUAUGCAUGUUAAGAAAAGGUAUAUCAAAGCAGAAAAUAAUGCUCGAUAUCAAAUUAAUGAUGAAGCGUAGCAAGAUUAGUAGUUACAAAGCCGUGGUACAAAAUCUCAUGUUCCACUUCCACCACCACAACCAAAACCAAAAUCGUCACCGCACCGACCAAGUCGAGAGUGGUAAUUUACCAUUUUGCCCUCCACAUGAGGAUGAGUAUUAUGAGUUUAGUUGCACUAGCAGCCCAAAUUUGGACAUGAAAAAACACACUACUAGUCAUGAAGAAGAUGUUGUGGUGAUGAAUGCGGCGGUAAUGAAAGCCGCAUUGGAGAUGAUUAAGGGUGAAACAAAGUCACCAGAUAAUUAUUUUCGUGGGUUCGGGAGACAGUUGAGGGUUAGUGAUUCGCCUUUUUCGGUGGAAGAAAUGGAUAGUCAUGUAGAUGAGAAAGCUGAUGAGUUCAUAUCAAAGUUCUAUAGAAAUUUGAGACGACAAUCUUCAUUUUCUUCUACUUUCUAAUUGUAACUAUACAAUAUAUGCAUGUUUUUCUUCAUUUGCAAAAGCAAUUUUAUUUGACUUUUUGCUUUUUUGCUGGGUAGCUAAUUAAUAUAAACAAAGAAAUAUAGAAAAAUUAUGAAGAUUGGAAUAAUUUGUGGA